UGUGUCUCAGCCGCCGCGGUAACGAACACCUGCUCUGCGUCUCGGUAUGAACGCCCGGGUAGCUCGGGUCUGUUGGGCCUGGGGCUCCUGGGGCCGCCGCGCCGCCUCGAGCCUUCGGGAGCCUCCACCGGAUGCCGUGGACGUGGCAGGGCUGCUACGGGACUCCAGCGUGACCGAGGAGGGAGUCCAGGAGGCGGUGGCGCGGCGGCCGCCCUCGCGCUGCUCCGUUUUGCUCUUCCCGGGUCAGGGCAGCCAGGCGGUCGGCAUGGGUGGCGGCCUGCUCCACUUCCCGCGUGUACGGCAGCUCUACGAGGCCGCGCACCGAGUGCUUGGCUACGAUCUGCUGGAACUGUGCCUGCGGGGACCUCAGGAGGAUCUGGACCGCACAGUGCAUUGCCAACCCGCUGUCUUCGUGGCUUCACUGGCCGCCGUGGAGAAGCUACAUCACCUGCAACCGGCGGUCAUCGAGAACUGUGUUGCUGCCGCUGGAUUCAGCGUGGGGGAGUUUGCAGCCCUUGUGUUUGCUGGAGCCAUGGAGUUUGCGGAAGGUCUGUAUGCAGUGAAGGUCCGAGCUGAAGCCAUGCAAGAAGCGUCUGAAGCCAUUCCCAGUGGGAUGCUGUCUGUCCUUGGCCAGCGUCAGUCCAACUUCUCCUUUGCCUGCUUGGAAGCCCAGGAGCACUGCAGGUCUUUGGGUAUAGAGAACCCGGUGUGCCAGGUGUCCAACUACCUCUUUCCUGACUGCAGGGUCAUCUCAGGACACCUUGAGGCCCUUCAGUUUCUCCGGAAGAAUUCCGCUAAGUUUCACUUCAGGCGCACCAAGAUGCUACCUGUAAGUGGCGGCUUCCAUACCUGCCUCAUGGAGCCAGCUGUGGAGCCUCUGAUGAAAACUCUAGGCUCGAUCAGCAUCAGGAAGCCUCUGGUUGCCGUCCAUUCCAACGUCAGUGGGCAUAGAUACACACAUCCACAACACAUCCGAAAGCUGCUAGGGCAGCAGGUGGUGUCGCCAGUGAAGUGGGAACAGACGAUGCACUGUAUCUACGAGCGGAAGAAGGGCAUGGAGUUCCCCAGCACCUUUGAGGUGGGCCCGGGGCAGCAGCUGGGGAGUAUCCUCAAGUGCUGCAACAGGCAGGCAUGGAAGUCCUACAGCCACGUGGAUGUGAUGCAGACCCUUUUGGACCCUGACCACUGAGAGCCUUGAGUGCAGUAGCCCUGGGCUGAGCCUCUGUGUCUGCCUCUUUUCCUCAGACUUAAGGACAGUGGACAUUGCAGUCUCAGCUGUGGCUAAGGCUCCCUCAGAAAAUAACCUUUGAGUGCCAAUGUGUGACUAACCGAUCCUCCAACUGACAGGGUGUCUGGCUGCUGAGGGAAAGAGCGCCUGUGCAGACAUCUGCCCAGCCAGGAGGCUGCUCUGCGUCUGUACCCAACCACGCUCCUCAGUGAAUCCAGUGGGCUAGCCUGGGGCACUCUUCAACUUACCCUGUGGGUGUUAUGGACAUGCUGCUUGGCUUCAAGCCAGGCCUGGUGCCAGGGGAGCUUGUCAGCCUCCCGUGACAGCUGUCUACCCAGGGCCGAGACCUUAGCUCCUCUGGCCUUGAAUCUGUUGGGUGGCCCUGUUCUUUGCUCCCUUGGCAGGUAGGAGAUUGAGUCCCAUGUGCCACACUUAUCCAGGACGCACAUGUUAAGUACCUGUGUGUGCCCUAGAGUGGGUGGUCCUUAGAAUGGUGUAAGGUGUGGGGUGUC